UAUGGGAGAGAGUGGUGAGCGACGGCCUCCUCUCCACCGGCGGCGCUCCAGUCGGGCCGCGCGGUAGUUGAGCAAACCCCGGGUCCAGUGAAGUUCGGACCGCGGGUGGCAUGGGAUCGACGCCGCUGGCGGAGCGGGUGACCGCGUCCAUUCAGCACUCCGACAUCGGACACCAGGUGCUUUCGCAUCUCAAGCGGUUUAUAACUGAAACACCAGAAGCAGACGGCUCGCUUCUGGAGCUGUUGGAGGAGAAGUUGCAGACCUCAGGGUAUCAUCAGUCCCUCCAGAACGCUAUCUAUCACCGCCUGUGCCAAGAGAUUGAAAAGUCGGAACUGGGAUCGGACGAAGUUCCUUUCCUCGAAGAAGCCCAGCUAAGGUGGCAAACUAACCUCGUGAGAAGCCUGAAGAGCACGGCAAAAGAGCUCGGACUUCCUCUCUGCCGCAAGAGAACUGUAGGUGAACAGAAUCUCAUCGAAGAUCGAUGGUUUGACCUAGGCCAAGAAGAAAUUGAGCUGCUGGCCAUUCGACCCAUGUACUCACCUCAGGACUUGCUGGAUUACCUGCUCUCUACGACGACCCCCAGUGAUAAAAUAACAGACGACGACGCGGAAAGCUCUAGCAUCUGGACUCAGGCCGCAGUAUCGCUCAGGACAAAGGACAUAACCGAACUGAGAGAAAUUUUGAAGGUGCCGAUGUUCGAGAUCCCGGAUUCCUUAGACGUGGACAGCGAGGAGUACGAAGCAUUCGCACAACUCAUUUAUGACACCAACGACGUUCUCGCAGCGAGGGAGUUCUUAAAACGGGGUUGUCCUCAAUCCAUGAGGAAAGUCUUCUGGUUGAAAGUCCUCGGUGUUUCUUCAGCCGAACGGAGCGACGUUGAAUUCGAGUAUUUGAAAGGGAAAAUUGUACAAUACGAGUUUUUGGUGGACCAGCUGGUCUUAAAGGACGUUCGCCUAACUGCCAUGAAUGACGUAGAGUACUUUGUCUUCGACGACACUUUCUACCAGAUAAUGUUGGCAUUUAUUCGUGACACGCAAGUUGCCAAGAGAUUACGAGGGAACAAGCCCAAAGAAAGUGGCGACUGCAAAGUACCUCACCUACCGUGCGGAGUUAUUCCAUUUUAUGGUAUUUCCUUGUUUGUGGCUCCAUUGUGCUUCCUAUACGAAGACGUCGCCCAGAUGUACGCAGUCUUCAGGGAAAUGUACUGCCGUUACUUCCACAAGCUCACCACCGUAUCCUCUAAUCCGCAGGGAAUUGUGUCUUUAGCAGUGACCUUCGAGAGGCUUCUUCAGUGCAAAGAGCCAGAGCUCCUGCCCACUCUACGAUCGAAAAAUAUAAACUUACUGCCGACAGUCUUCCAAAUGCUCAUGCACUGCUUCUGCCAGCGUCUUCCCGUUAAAGAAGUUCUCAAGCUCUGGGACAGAAUUCUGGCCUACGAUUCCCUCUACAUACUGCCAGUACUCGCAGCCAGUUUGGUGUGUUCAAAGAAAGAAGAAAUUUUGAAUAUGAAAGAUCAAUCCUGCCUUGAGGACAUUUUCUGCAAAAUGAACUUCAUCGAGAUUGUGCCUGCUCUAGAGCAUUUUCUAAAUCCAUUGAGGCUAUGACAACCACUUUAUUAGUUAUUUCAGACCAUUAAACUGAC